AUGGCAGUCCAGAUAGAUCCCAGCAUCAUGGCCGAGCUGCGUGCUCAGACACUUCAAGAUCCCCAGCUUCCGAGAGACAACCCUACCGUGUCGUUUUGGCAAAUGCCACCCCACCCAUCCCUGUCUGAGGUGCAGUCUGAGACUUUGCCGGCCGCCACCGACUACGCCAUCAUUGGCUCGGGUGUGACUGGCUGCAGUGUAGCCAAGAACUUGCUUGACAAUUCGCCAUCUGAUGCAUCUUCCAUUACUGUCUUUGAGGCACGCACUCUCACAAGUGGUGCGACUGGGAGAAAUGGAGGACUUCUCACCUCAUUUGCUGUUUGCGACUUCAAGCUGCUGAGCGACCAUUUUGGUCUUGAGCAAGCCACAAAGAUUGCACGAUAUGCCAAUAGAACACUGGAAAAGAUGCAUCAGCUGGCGAAUUCUUCCCCCGAAUUGAAAGAAGCCAGUGAUGUGAGGAGGCUUCAGGACGUCAUUUGCUGCCAAGACGAAGCCUCCUGGCAGGAGGCCAAGGAAUCAUGGGCGCUCUACGAGAAGCAUGUACCAGAGGAUGCAGGCAAGGCUCAGUUCCUCACGCCAGAAGAAGCCGAUGAGAAAUAUAAUGUAAGAGCCAAGGCUGGAGUAUUGUUGUUCCCCAAUGGAGCGUUUUGGCCCUAUCGACUUAUUACUCGGGUCUGGGGCCAGCUCCUCGCCCAGCACAAGUCUCGUCUCUCGGUGGAAACGAAGACACCUGUCACCGAAAUCACCUACGAUAAGGAUGCAGACUCCCAAUACCCAUACAUUGUGCACACUCCGAGGGGCAAUGUUCGCGCUAAGAAAGUUAUCCAUGCAACCAACGGAUUCACAGGCCAUCUGCUGCCCGAGCUACGAGGCAAAAUCUAUCCCUUGCGGGGGACAAUGUCAACUCAAAAGUCUACCCCAGAGUUUGGAAACCGUGGACACGAGGUAUCUUGGAGUGUGACGGGUGGAGGAGGCUACGAUCCCACAACUCAAAUCAUGGAUGUAGGGCUCCUGUAUUCAAACCAGAACCCGCGAACGGGAGACAUCUUCAUCGGUGGCGAAAAGGCAAAGAUCAAUGAGAUACUUGUCAGUGAUGACACGCAAAUCGGGGCACCGUGUGUGGAAAAUCUGUCAUCCGUUUUGCCUCGAGUCUUUACAAAGGGUUGGAAAGACGACGACAAGCCCGAGGUCAAGCAAAUUUGGUCUGGAAUCAUGGGCUUCACGGCGGAUCGUCUUCCCAUUAUUGGGUCUUUGCCACAAAAGUACACCAAGAGGGGCGAAGAGGGUGGUGAGUGGAUUGCUGCCGGGUUUAAUGGCUAUGGCAUGCCGCUUUGCUGGUCGAGUGGUGAGGCUGUGGCCAAGAUGUUGCUUGGUAUUGAUGUGACCGACUUUUUGCCCGAGGCGUUUGUUGCGUCUUGUGAGCGGUUGGACGAUACUAAGCGGAUGAGUCCUUCUGCUGCGCUGGAGUUAUUCUUCAGCGGGAACCCGUAG